GUGCGUGCGUGCGUGCGUGCGUGCGUGCGUGCGUGCGUGCGUGCGUGCGUGUGUGUGUGUGUUAAUGAGAAAUGGGAGGGUAGAAGCUCCUGGCUGCUUGAUUGCUCAGAUAUCUGUUAACAUCAGAGCUGGAAGGAGUCAUUUGGUGGCUUCAGGCUUCACUCAGAAACACAGCGUACACAACGCAGCUCUUCACAACAAGACCAUGAGCGCUCACGAGCACAACGCCACGCUGGAUUUAUAUAAUGACACAUUAUGGUUCUACCACUGCACCAUCGACCUGGAUUCUGUCGGAGACUACCGGCGCAUCGCCCUCUUCCUCAUAUACCUUUUCGUCUUCAUGGUGGGCCUGCUGGAGAACGUGCUGGUCAUCUGGGUCAACUGGCGCCGACGCCACUCGGCCAACGGGAUCCAGUUCUGCAUCCUCAACGUGAGCCUGUCGGACCUCAUGGUGAUCGUGACCAUGCCGUUCUUCAUGAUGGAGGUUACCAUGGACAAGGUCUGGCUGUGGGGACGCUUCCUCUGCAAGGUGACCCACCUCGUCUACACGGUCAACUUCUACAGCAGCUCCUUCUUCCUGGCCCUCAUGACCGCGGAGCGUUAUCUGUCCCUGACCAGGCCCUCGUUUCCCGCCUUCUUCCCCGUGCUGGGCCGCCGCCGCUGGGUGCUCUGCGGAGGCCUUUGGGUGCUCUCCUUGUUCCUGACGCUGCUGGAGAACGUCCAUGUGGAUCUUCUGGAGUGGGACGUGCCGGGCUGCUACAUGAUACCUGAACACAACACCAGCGAGUGGUUUGUCUCCGUGGGUUUCCUCUGCCUGGUCUUCCAGUUCUUGGGCCCCGCCGCCGUCAUCAUCACCUGCAACGUGCUGAUCGCUCGUGCGGUUCGGACGGCGCCGGAUGUUCAGGGCCGGCGGGACGUGUGGCUGGUUCACGUUUACUCCCUGGUGUUCGUCCUGUGCUGGUUGCCCUACCACUUCGUCCUGUUCCUGAUGAUCGUGGAUGACAUCGACCCCUUCAUCUUCAGCUGCAACACGAUGGAGGUGCUGUACUUCUCGUUCACGGUGGUGCAAAGCCUGUCUCUUUUUCACUGCGUGGCAAACCCCAUCCUCUACAACUUCCUCAGCAAGAGCUUCCGAGACAACCUGGUCAACACCGUGCUGAGCCAGUUACCCAGAGAUGGAGCCGGGAACCAGCUGGGAGCCGGGACCAACGCUCCCAACGGAGGAGGGGGAGACCCGGGGAAGCAACGCAAGUUAAGUAACGCCAGCACCAGCCAGUCCGAUGUUGGAUCAUAAAAAAAAAGAAGCUGAGAUGAGAAAACUUCACGAGACGUUUUCUAGGAAAGAUUUGACAGAACUGAAUGGAGAUUGUGCAGAUCAUCUCACUCUGGUCAGAGACUCAUUGUGAUGUUUGUUACAGCCUCACUCUCAUAAUCCAUUUCCUGUUAUGUUUUUGUUUUUUACCAUGUAUCUGAUCACAGAGGAAGGCAGGAAAUGUUUGAAGUGCUUUUUUUGUUGUUUAAGCUGCUCAACUCCCACAGGAACCCAUGGCAGUCUCUAAGGCAGGGGUCUCCAACCUUUUUUAGGAUGAGGGCUACUUUCAAAAAAUAAAACAAGUCGUGAUCUACUUUUACUCCUUUUUUAGUUUUUUUGCAGUGUAUAUAUUAAAGUAAACAGAUAUGGUUCUAAACUGUAUUGAAGUAAACAUGUAUUAUUUUGAAUUGUAUUUUAGUGAACAUGUAUUGUUUGAACUGUUUUAAGUAAUCACAUAUAUAUUGUCUUUCUCACUUACACUCACUGACCCAGAUAUCCCUACA